UUGGUAUCCGGGGGUGUCCCCUUACAUGCCAUAUAAGGGCCCCAAGGUCUAGAGUGCUAUCGCUUUCUGCAGUGGGGGGCUAUUCUUAGGCUGUCUGUCCAGGCCAUCCGCGCAGAGGCUCCUCGGCGCCUGCCCGUCCCCGGGUGUUCGUCCCCACUCCAGGGUGAAGAGCUACAAAGAAACAAAGGAGUUACUUGACCCAAAACUCUCCACAAAAUGAGCAAUUACACAAUAACUUUGAAUGGACCUGCACCAUGGGGCUUCAGACUGCAGGGAGGCAAAGACUUCAACAUGCCCCUUACAAUCUCAAGGAUCACACCGGGCAGCAAGGCGGCCAAUGGAAACCUGACCCAAGGUGACAUCAUCAUGGCCAUCGAUGGGGUCAGCACUGAGGGCAUGACCCACCUGGAUGCUCAGAACAAGAUCAAAAUAGCAAUCAACAAACUGAGCCUCAGCAUGCAAAAGUCAAGACGUCCAGCCCCUGUGCCCACAGCUACACCAAGAGUGGACUCACCCAUGCCAGUUAUUCCUCAUCAGAAGGUCAUUGCCAACACAGCUGCCAACCAAGAGUACAUCCCCAGCUUCAAUCCUAUUGCACUGAAGGACUCUGCUCUGUCCACUCACAAGCCCAUAGAAGUGAAGGGCCCUGGUGGCAAGGCCACAAUCAUCCACGCCCAGUACAACACUCCUAUCAGCAUGUACUCACAGGACGCCAUCAUGGACGCCAUCGCCGGCCAGGCUCAGGCAAGAGGCAGCGACUUGAGUGGUGAGGACGCUACUUCCGGAUCUCCUUUGGCUACACUCCCCAUCAAAGAUCCUCUGGUGGACAGCGCCUCUCCAGUCUACCAAGCUGUGAUAAAAUCAGGGGACAAGGAGAACGAAAUCUCUGAUUGGGCUCGCCGUGCGGCCAACCUGCAGUCCAAGUCCUUCCGCAUCCUCGCCCACAUCACAGGGACCGAGUACCUGCAAGACCCAGACGAGGAGGCUCUCAGGAAAUCAAGGGAGAGGUUUGAAUCCGAAGUAAAAGGCCCACGAUUUGCCAAAUUGAAAAAUUGGCACCACGGCCUGUCUGCACAGAUCUUGAAUGUCCAGGAGUAAGCACUACUGAAGACUGACAGAUGCGGGUUACUAAGGCAACAAUCAACCAGGAGAAGAAGGAGAAGGCAGCACAAAAAAGAGGUUGUAAGCGGAAGAGUAUUGUAGUGACUGCAUUGUGAGUUAAAGCAGUAGUUUAGUGCAUAAGAGAAUAUGAAAAAAAGCUCUCCUUAGUGUUUCAUGUUCAUGUGUCAGUAUGUCUAAUGUAUCUUCCUGCCCAUAAGAUAAGACAGUGCUCUUUUCUUUUUGUUUCUUUUCUUUUGUUUUGGCUGUUUAUCCUAAAUUAAAAUUAACUGUUGAUGUACAAAGACGAAACCUUAGAGAAACGUAAAAACGUGUAUACUAUGCAAUGCACCGCCGUAUCUCAUGCAAACAUAUAUUAAUCGAAUGUACUGUUAUUAAUGUGAAUAAAACAUUAUUUCUUUUAUCCAAAUCAACACUGUA